AUGGCGGCGAGUAACGGCGGAGCCUCGGUGGAGAAAGUGAUCAGCGGGAGAGAAGAAUUCGGCGAUUCAUCCAAUUUGUUCAAAUCGAUUCUAGCAAUGGCUCUGUGGCUGGGAGCUAUUCAUUUAAACGUCGCAUUGAUCCUCGUCGCCGUCUUCUUCCUUUCUCUCUCCAAAUCGCUCUUGGUUUUCGCUUUUCUGUUUGUGUUUAUGGUGCUUCCUAUCGACGAUAAGAGCAAGUUUGGCCGGAGAUUGUCAAGGUACAUAUGCAAGCACGCUUGCAAUUACUUUCCAAUCACGCUUCAUGUUGAGGAUAUGAAAGCCUUUGAUCGUAGUCGUGCUUAUGUUUUUGCUUAUGAACCACAUUCAGUUUUGCCGAUUGGCGUUGUUGCACUAGCUGACAGCACAGGUUUCAUGCCUCUUCCAAAAGUUAGAGUUCUUGCUAGCAGUGCGGUGUUCUACACACCAUUUUUGAGACACAUAUGGACAUGGUUGGGUCUUGCUCCAGCAACAAAGAAAAAUUUUAUCUCCAUGUUAGCAUCUGGCUGUAGUUGCAUUUUAAUACCAGGUGGAGUGCAAGAAACAUUUCUCCUGCAGCGUGGCACUGAGAUUGUUUUCCUUAAGGCAAGAAGAGGAUUUGUCCGCAUUGCAAUGGAGAAGGGCCAACCUUUGGUUCCAGUUUUCUGCUUUGGUCAGUCAGAUAUCUAUAAGUGGUGGAAACCAGGUGGGGAGUUCUUUCUGAAAUUUGCAAGGGUUAUCAAGUUCACCCCAAUAUAUUUUUGGGGAGUUUUCGGAUCUCCGUUACCAUUCAGACAUCCAAUGCAUGUAGUGGUGGGUAGACCAAUUGAGCUUGAGAAAAACCUAGAACCAACCACCCAGGAGGUUGCCAAGGUACACACUCAAUUUGUGGAAGCACUUCAAGAUCUAUUCGAAAGGCACAAAGCUCGGGCUGGUUAUCCAAACCUGGAGUUAAGAAUUGUUUGA